AUCGGAAAAUGGUUUCAUCAAAGGCGCUCUUUCUCGGACUAGCAGUCUGCCUGGCUUUGGUUCACUCGAUCCAAGCUAGAGGAGGCAAUCAAGCUUUGCGCAAACAGAUGCAGUUACUGGCUUUGCAGAAAUACGCUACCGACCAUGGAAUUGAACCACCAUCGCAGGAUGAUCCCAAUCCGACGGCUACGAUCAAACAACGGAUGCAGCAAAAGGCACUAGAUGACUACGCCGUGAAACAUGGGCUGAAGACAACUACUGAAGCUACUACAACAACUGUAGCAGCAACAACAACAACAACUGCUCCUGCGACAACUACAACAACUGCAGCAACAACUACAACAACUGCAGCAACAACUACUACCGAAGCCACAACAACAACUGCAGCAACAACAACUACCGAGGCUACAACAACUGCAGCAACAACUACUACCGAGGCUACAACAACAACUGCAGCAACAACAACUACCGAGGCUACAACAACUGCUGCCGAUUCAACAACUGCUGCCGAUGCAACAACUACUGCUGCAACUACUACGGCGUCAGAAACGACUACUGCCGCGGCUACAACCACCACAGGGUCUUCCUAGAAUACGCCCACACUGGUAUUAGUACUACCGAAUGUACGGGGAAGGAAUGAAUGGUGGUAGUCAGCAGUGCACUGUAAUUUGGCAAUCAAUGACAUUAUUUGAAAAU